GUCUCCACUGCUUGACAUCGACUCAAAUAACAGCAGAGGAGGAACUCAAUGGAGCAGAGAAGAACGAGGAUAACCUGAUGAAAGACUUAUCAGGACAGAACACGCCGUGCAGCUUUAUCACCGUACGAUAAGAUAUUCCAAGCAACUGUGCGGAAAGUACAAAUAGUUAGACCUAAUUUUGCACUCUGACCAACUUAACGGACGUUGAGUUGCAUCACAUCAGAGCUGACCAUGCCUCCCACCACCCCAUACGCCGGAAAGUUCAGCACUUGCGGCCUUUACAGCAGCAGCAACAACAACAACUACCAGCAGCCACACAGCCCCUACCGCCACUGCGGCUCCGUUAAGAGCACCAAGGAAAGCAUCUACAACGCAACGGAGAACCCCUAUGACAUACCGCACACUCACAGCACGUACUGCGGCGUAGCCGUGGACUCGCUAAGCCUCAAGGAGCGUCAGUACAGCGUCAGGAGCACCGUUUCGGACAAGCCGCACUCCUGCACGCAGCCUCACAGCCCGCGCCAGCAUAACACGACUUGUCCCGCUCGGGUGCACCGCCAAACCAGCACCAGCAGCGGCAGCGAACUGUCCUGUCGCAGCAACGCCGGCGCCAAAAAUCGCCUCUAUGGACGGGCCAUCACUGCCAGCUAUGGGGAAAUGUGUUACCACGACAACAGUUUGGUUUCGGCGUCUCUCGAGGCGCUGAUCCAACAUUUGGUCCCCACCGUGGACUACUACCCCGAUAGGUCGUACGUUUUCACCUUCCUGCUGAGCUCGCGCCUCUUCCUGCACCCCUACGAGCUGAUGACGCGAGUUUGUCACCUGUGUGUGGAGCAGCAGCGGUCCGGAGACGCCCUGCUGGAUAAGAUCCGUUUCGGCGAGGUGGCGCCCAAGCUGGUGCAGCUGCUGACGGAGUGGACCGAGACCUUCCCGUAUGACUUCAGGGACGAGCGGAUGAUGCGUUGUCUCAAGGACAUGACGCACCACGUGGCCAGAGGGGACGAGUACUCGUGGCGAGCCAUGCAGCAGAUGACCCAGCGCUUGAUAAAACGCCUGUCUGCCCUCGGCCAAUACGAGGAGGCGGUGGCCGCCUUGAGCGUCGUGGCGACCGAGCGUCCCGCCUCCCUGAAGAGCAAAAGAGAAUCGGCGCUGCGAAGCGAUGUACUGAGCGUGUGCGAUGACCCCUUCGUCCUCGCUCAACAGCUCACACACAUUGAACUGGACAGGCUGAGUUUUAUCGGUCCGGAGGAGUUUAUCCAGACCUUUGCCUUGAAGGACCCCCUGGAGAACCACAAGGGUUUCUUCCGAAAGCGCAAGACCAGCAACUUAGAGACGUACGUGAACUGGUUCAACCGACUGAGUUAUCUAGUGGCCACCGAAAUCUGUAUGCCGGUGAAAAAGAAACAACGAGCGCGGAUCAUCGAGUUCUUCAUCGACGUGGCGCAGGAGUGUUUCAACAUUGGCAACUUUAACUCGCUCAUGGCAAUCAUCACUGGGAUGAACAUGAGUCCCGUCGCCAGACUGAAAAAGACUUGGAGUAAAGUCAACACUGACAAGUUUGAAAUUCUCGAGCACCAGAUGGACCCGUCCAGCAACUUUAGCAACUAUCGCACCGCGCUCCGCGGCGCCACCCAGAGGUCCGAAACCGCGCACAGCGUCCAAGAGAAGAUCGUCAUUCCUUUCUUCAGCCUGCUCAUUAAAGAUAUCUACUUCUUGAACGAAGGCUGUGCGAGCAGGCUACCCAACGGACACAUCAACUUUGAGAAACUUUGGGAGCUGGCCAAGCAGGUGAGCGAAUUCCUGGUGUGGCGUCAGGUGAUUUGCCCGUUUGACCGAGACCGCAGAAUCCUCCAGUAUCUCGUCACCACGCCGAUUUUUGCCGAAGAUGAGCUUCAUCUGGCCUCUUACGAGAGCGAAGGGCCGGAGAACAACAUGGAGAAGGACAGUCGCCGAUCGCUCCGAUCCUCCCUGUUGCAUCGAGAGAACCGGUCAUGAAGACAAUCUCCUCCACUUUGCAGGGUGUAAAUAAACACGUCGACUAGCAUGUUAAAGCUACAUGGCCAUAAAUAUACAUUCCCUGGGUCAGACCUGGAAAAGCUGAGUGUGCAUUUUCUCAGACUUUCACAACGGCAAUCUGAUAUGUAUGAUAAGAGCCCUCCUAUGCUGAAGGAUUUAACUUUGUGUGUUUUUAUGCCCUUUGUGGCAAUCUGUGUUUUGGUGAACCAGUCGCGUGACGUCAUACAAGCUAAACAAUGCACUUGCAUUUUCAUCCGUGUGUUUUCGAACUGGAUUUAUUUGACUUCCUACAGUGUUAUUUGUAUUUUCUAUCCAAAAAGUAUAACAAUGAAUGUUUAUUUCUUUAUGUAGUCACCAUGCUGGUUUGUUUUUUGUUUAUUUUAUAUUCUGACACACCAGCUAAGCUUUUAUAGAAGUGUGUUUGUGGAGCACAGCUUUAAGACUUAAUAGGAAACAAGUCAUCGUCACUUUUCAUGAGAAAGUGAUCAAUCUAUCGAUUUGUUUAUAUUAAAAAGCUCAUUUAAUGUUCUGGAUGUUUUAUAAAAUGUUUUUCAUGUGCUUUGUUCAAAUUUCUUGUCUAUGGUACU